AGAGAGAGAGAGAGAGAGAGAGAGAGAGAGCGCGCGACGAUGGUUUCUUCUUCAGUCAUCGGUUGCGGAGAAACCACCUUCUCUCUCCUCCGCUCGCCGCCGCCGACGCCGCCGCCGCCGCCGCCGCCGUCUCCUCUCUCUUCUCUCCACUCUUCCGCCUCCAGGACCGCUUCGCCUCCCUCGCCCUCACGCGUCCUGCUCGGGCGAUCGAUCAAGCGCGCCCUCCGUUCGAAAUCGCCGAGGAAACCGUUCCGCCCGUCGAUCGCGUGCUCCGCCGAUCGCGGAGGCGGGAGUCUAGCGGCGGAGUCCCCGGCCAGGGCGCUCCGGCGCGUCCUCGAGUCGCCGGGGAUUCACCAGGGGCCGGCUUGCUUCGACGCCCUCAGCGCGAAGCUCGUGGAGAGAGCUGGGUUCGAUUACUGCUUCACGAGCGGGUUCUCAAUAUCUGCUGCUAGAUUGGGGUUGCCUGAUACCGGUUUAAUCUCCUAUGGAGAAAUGGUAGAUCAGGGGCAACAGAUUACUUGCGCUGUCUCUAUUCCUGUCAUAGGGGAUGCUGAUAAUGGAUAUGGAAAUGCAAUGAAUGUGAAAAGGACUGUGAGAGGAUAUAUCAAUGCUGGCUUUGCUGGACUCAUUCUAGAAGAUCAGGUAUCUCCAAAAGCUUGCGGUCAUACUCGUGAUAGAAAAGUGGUGUCUAGAGAAGAAGCAGUGAUGAGGAUAAAAGCUGCUCUCGAUGCGCGAAAGGAAAGUGGAUCUGACAUUGUUAUUAUUGCACGAACUGAUUCUCGUCAAGCAAUUUCUCUGGGUGAAUCACUCUGGAGGUCUCGGGCUUUUGCUGAUGCUGGAGCAGAUGUUCUUUUCAUCGAUGCUCUAGCUUCAAAAGAAGAGAUGAAGGCUUUCUGUGAGGUUGCUCCGUCUGUCCCAAAAAUGGCUAAUAUGCUUGAAGGAGGUGGGAAAACACCGAUACUCAAUCCUCUUGAACUUGAGGAAAUAGGAUAUAAACUUGUGGCUUAUCCACUUUCCCUAAUUGGGGUUUCUAUAAGAGCAAUGCAGGAUUCUCUGGCAGCUAUCAAAGGAGGACGUAUACCACCUCCUGGAAGCAUGCCAUCUUUUGAUGAUGUGAAAGAAAUCUUAGGUUUUAACAGCUACUAUGAAGAAGAGAAGCGUUAUGCUACGCCUACCACCAGUCAAUUGCCUUCUCGCGGAGGGAGCACUGAUAUGUACAGUACAUCACAGAAGACUCAAGAAGAUACAGAGCAAAGGAGUCAAGUAUUUGAAGCUCCCAUAGUUGAAGUGAUGAAUCCUACAUAUUAUGGAACAGAAAGCUCAAGAAGUCCUUUCUCGGGUCCCUGGUCUCGGAAUUUGAGAAUAAAAAUAACGGGAAGAGAUGGUCUUGAGAGACUUGACCUCAGGAUUCCAGCCGGAUUAUUGGAUAGCAUCACGAAUAUUGUCCCGGCUGUCGCCGGCGUAAAUAUUAAAGAAUUGUUGGACGAUGCAAGUGCAGAAGUUGGAGGGAAACUCUUGUUAGAUUUUAAAGAUACAAUGGGCGACAGGAUUCAAGUUUUUCUGGAGUAAGACAUAGCCGUCGCUUGCUUGAAUUCUUCAGAACAAUAAACAAUCACGAGCAGAUAACAGUGGUGCCGGAAGAUUCUCUUAGAAGAACACGAUCCACAGUCUACGAAAAGGGUCCUUUCAAUAUAAUUGGUUAACGUUUUUUUUUGGGUCCCCUUCCUUCUCUCUUCGCCCGGUUAGCCAGUGACUCGCUUAUUACAUGACAGCUAGGAAUGUACACUUUCAGGCGUUACCGAUUCUUCAUGGAGGCAAUUUUGACCCCAUAGAAUGCUUCAGCGUGUUUA